CGCGAGACCCGGCGCCACCCGGAUUCAGCUCUCGCGGGAAUUUCGCGGCUCCUGUUGGGGUGGGAAGUGAUGGGCGUCGCGGAGUGGCUGCGCUUCGUGAGGAAAGUUUAGGGGUCGAGAUGUCAGCUUCCUGGCCUCCCCAGGCGGCAGCAGCUACUAAGUCUGAGACUACAUAGUGGUACCCCUCGGCCCGGACUCCUCCGCCCCGUUUCCCCCACCUGCAGGCGCUCCGAGCUCCGGGGCGAUGCUGGCUGUGACCGCCGACCCCGGGCUGGAUGGAGUCCCCCGCCGCCCCGAGCCCCGGUGCAGACGCCGCCGGCCCAGACAUAUGGCAUCCAGGAGAGAGAUGUCUCGCCCCUUUUCCAGAUAAUGAAAAACUUUGUGAGGCAAGCAUAAAAUCUAUCACAGUGGAUGAACAUGGGAAGUCAUUUGCAAUUGUCUUAUAUUCAGAUUUUCAAGAAAGGAAAAUACCAUUGAAAAAACUUCAGGAAAUAAGAGCUAUUAAAGAUUGCCCCAGGAGUUUUAUAUUUGAUGAUGAAGAUUUGGAAAAACCGUAUUUUCCAGACAGAAAAUUUCCUUUAUCUUCUAAUGAUUUUAAGUUAUCUGAAGAUGGAGAUGUUAUUCCUUAUACUAUUAAUAGGUACUUGAGAGACUACCAACGAGAAGGGGCCCAGUUUCUCUAUAGGCACUACAUUCAAGGAAGAGGUUGUAUUCUUGGUGAUGACAUGGGUCUUGGAAAGACAGUACAGGUUAUUUCAUUUUUGGCUGCAGUUUUGCAUAAAAAGGGAACUCGUGAAGAUAUUGAAAAUAACAUGCCAGAGUUUUUACUAAGACGUGUGAAAAAAGAACCCACUUCGUCUACAAUAAAAAAGAUGUUUUUAAUAGUUGCACCUCUUUCUGUCCUCUACAACUGGAAGGAUGAAUUGGAUACCUGGGGAUAUUUCAGAGUCACUAUUGUGCAUGGUAACAAAAAAGACAAUGAAUUGAUUCGUGUAAGGCAAAGGAAAUGUGAAAUUGCUCUAACAACGUAUGAAACGCUGCGCUUAUGUCUGGAUGAGCUCAACAGUGUGGAGUGGUCAGCCGUCAUCGUGGACGAAGCUCACAGAAUCAAGAAUCCAAAGGCAAGAGUGACAGAGGCCAUGAAAGCUUUGAAGUGUGACAUCCGCAUCGGCCUCACCGGGACCAUCCUCCAGAACAACAUGAAGGAACUCUGGUGUGUUAUGGACUGGGCUGUGCCAGGACUUUUAGGUAGCAGGAUCCACUUUCAGAAGCAGUUUUCGGACCCCGUAGAACAUGGUCAGAAGCACACAGCGACAAAGAGAGAACUGGCCACUGGCCGGAGGGCCAUGCGCAGACUUGCAGCACGAAUGUCUGGCUGUCUCCUCCGGCGCACCAAGGCGCUCAUCAGUGGUCAGUUGCCCAAGAAGGAAGAUCGGAUGGUUUAUUGUUCUCUGACAGACUUCCAGAAAGCUGUCUACCAAACAGUGUUAGAAACAGAAGAUGUGACUUUGAUCCUUCAAUCUUCUAAGCCUUGUACCUGUAACAGUGGCCGGAAAAGGAGAAACUGUUGUUAUAAGACUAAUUCACAUGGCGAAGCUGUGAAAGCCUUGUAUUUCAGCUACCUUGCAGUCCUUCAGAAGGUGGCAAACCAUGUUGCGCUGCUGCAGGCUGCCAGCACCUCCAGACACCAGGAAACUCUUAUCAAAAGGAUAUGUGAUCAAGUAUUUUCCAGAUUCCCAGAUUUUGUUCAGAAGAGCAAAGAUGCCGCCUUUGAAACACUUUCUGAUCCUAAAUACAGUGGGAAAAUGAAGGUGACAGCAGCUGGCAGCCGUUUGCCUUCUUGCACCAAAGUUCUUCAGCAGCUUUUAAAUCAUUUCAGGAAAAACAAAGAUAAGGUUCUUCUCUUCUCCUUUUCCACCAAGCUGCUCGAUGUGCUGCAGCAGUACUGCAUGGCGUCCGGGCUUGACUACCGGCGGCUGGACGGAAGUACGAAGUCGGAGGAAAGACUCCGGAUUGUGAAAGAGUUCAACAGUACGCAAGACGUGAACAUUUGCCUUGUCUCAACGAUGAAUUUUAUCAUAGCUCAGUCUGGGAAAAUUGACAUCGUUAUGUUGAUCCUUCCAAUCCAUAAGCAUGUGGAUCUUCCACUUCAGAUCUGCAUUGAUCUCUUUAAUCAACAUUUUGUGAUUUUCAACCUACAAAUGCUGGCUGGUGGACUAGGCCUCAAUUUUGUUGGUGCCAAUGUUGUUAUCUUAUUUGAUCCUACUUGGAAUCCAGCCAAUGAUCUUCAAGCUAUUGACAGAGCAUAUAGGAUUGGACAAUGCAGGGAUGUUAAAGUGUUUAGACUGAUAUCCCUGGGAACUGUGGAAGAAAUCAUGUAUUUACGACAGGUGUACAAGCAGCAACUUCACUGUGUGGUGGUUGGAAGUGAAAAUGCCAAGAGAUACUUCGAGGCAGUUCAAGGAUCAAAAGAGCAUCGAGGAGAGCUCUUCGGGACCCACAACCUCUUCACGCUGAGAUCCCAGGGGUCUUGUCUUACAAGGGACAUCUUGGAGAGAGAAGGCCAAGUGGAAGCAGGCAUCAUGACAGCCACAACAUGGCUGAAAGCAGGACCUGCAGCCCAGGAACUGGAAACGCCCAAAGAGCCCGGCUGUCACCAACCUGGAGGACAGAAUGGACCAAGCACAGGGAGUGAUCUCUGUGGUGACCUUAGUGACAAUGAGUCUGUGGGAGCCCCAAGAACAAAGAUUGCUCAGCACAGAGCAUCGGAUACAAGCAAAGGUUCGGCCUCUUCAGGACAGCUCACCUUACUCCAGUGUGGCUUCUCUAAACUAUUUGAGGCAAUGUGUAAAGCAGCCGAGGGCAGCGAUGGACAUGCCACCUCUGGGGAGGAGAGUCUGGAUGAGCAGCCCACACGCCUCACCAUGGAAGCCAGCGACGCCGGCUGGCAGCAGACUCGGGAUGUGGCUGGUGCUUCCCGGCAUCAGCAGCCAGAUCGGAUCCCCAGUACCAGUGAAACAUGUGUUUCUGAUAAAAGAGAGAUUUUAGGACAGAAUGCUGCUUCUGAGUCUGAUGAUGAGGAAAGCUUUAAAACUACAGUUAGACAUCAUAGUGUUUUACAGAGUGACACAGAAUCAGAAGGUAGCGACGUCAUCUUUCCCACACAGUACACAACUCAGAGGCUUCCUAACAGUCGUAUCAGGCUUAAGCUACCCUUAAAUGGAGCUGAAGGGUCUCACACAGAAAAUCCUGUAAAAAUAAACAGUAGUGAUGGCAGAAGGAUUGAUGAGACAGGAAAUGGAUUAAUUUCAAAAAUCUUGAGUCCUGAGAGCAUGACCCUGAAGUCUAUUAUGAAAAGAAAAGACACUGGUGAUGUCAGUGAUGAAUCUGAUGACAUUGACAUUUCCUCCAACUCAGGAAUAAGACGGCAAAGUUCACUGCAGUUUAAGAGCAAAAAGGAAACAAGGAAACUUCACUGUUUCCCCAAAACAUUGAGGAAGACAAAUCCACUCUGUACAACAGAGGAAGAUUGUCACUCUCAGCUUAUUGAUGAAUUUUCAUCCUCCGAUGAUGAUUUGCCUGCUCGCCACUUCCAUUCAUCUAAACAGAGCCGUAGAGCAGGAACCGUAAAAGACAGAAGCAGUUUCUCUUCAGAAUUACCUAGCCAUGGCAAGAAAAGUAGCGCUUCCAUCCCAAGAAGACCAGUGAAGUUUGGGAAUGAGAGAGCUGCCCAUCCGGACCAGAUACGUGAAUCAAUGGAUAAGCUUUUAGAUGGCGUUCGGGAAGUGGCUUACGUUCACUCCAACCAGAAUGUGAUUGGCUCCAGCAAAGCCGAAAACCACAUGAGCCGCUGGGCGACGCGGGAUGUGUUUGAGUUGCAGCAGUUUUCCCAGCUCCCUGCCAACGUAGCUGUCUGCAGUUCUAAGGCCACAAGGAGUCAUGGUGCCCUUCCUCACAGUGACACUAGCGGGAUUCAGGGACCAGCGUAGCAACUGACAACCUGAAGUGUAGAAAACACUCUCAACUCUGCGAAAAAAAAGUGUUGAAACUGCUAAGAAGAUAAUGUGUAUUUUUAUUGUCACAGUUAUGAUUACUGCUUAUCAGUAAUAGUAACGAGCAAAAUUCUGUAAGUCUGCACAGUGCCUGUUAUUUUUACUGCUAACAGAACCAAUAAUAGACUAUUUUAGUAUGCCUUAAAAUGUAUGAAGUCCAGUCCUCUAGUUUUGUUGAAGGACUUGCCUUAAUCUGUAGCUAGUUUCCCAUGAAGAAUAUUAUAAAAAUGUACAUUAUAAUCUAAUGUAACAAUGUACUGGAUUGCCAAAAAUAAUCUUUACUUUAUAGGAAGCAAUAUGUUGUUUUUUGGGGGUUUUUUUGUUUUGUUUUGUUUUUUUGCCAGGGGUUGAACUCACGACCUCACAUUUGCCACGCAGGCACUUUAGGCCACUGAGCUAAGGCCCCAGCCCAAGCAAUAUGAUUCUCUUCUCCUAGUUCAUUAUUGUUCCAAAGGUAUAAAGGAUAGAUAUGGCUUCUGUGAAUAAUUUCUGUUUAGAAUAGUUCAAAGUUUCUAAAUACCUAUAAAAUGCUAUUCCUUCAAAUAAUGCCCUCUAGGUAACAUUUUAUAAGUUGAGGGGGAGGAACCCUUGUGGAACUCUGACUGACUUGAAGAAUGUUAAGCAUUUAACAGCCCUUUUCAGAUUAUAUGUCACCCUUCUUGAAGUCAUGGUACUACUAAUUAGAUGUGGCCACUUGGUGGGAAUGCCAGUUACCUUGCUGCUGAGAAGCUGCCCCCACACAGGUGAAUCCUGGGUUUGCGUAGGAUGAGUAAAGCAAAGUAAUGAGAUAUGAACCAUCUUAUUGCAGAGCCAAAGGCUUCUAACCCAGACUAUAUAACCCAGACAUCUCAUUUCGCUCAAAUUUUAAAAUGAGAGGUCAGGUGACUGCCCUAGGCCCCAGCAGGGGCAGUCAGCUUACAUCUUGGUUGUCUUUCCAGCCUUGUGUCCUCUGUCUGCAUUUCUCUUGGCUCCUUUGGUCUCUGUUUGAAGAUUUCAGAUUUACCUUCCCAGUAUCACAAGUCGGUCUUUUAAUUUUUCCAAGAUAUCUAGUCUGUGAAGAAUUCCCUUUACUUUAGCAGUUAUAUAAAAAAUACAUAAAUAAAAUCAGAUGGGUUGAAUGCAUGCUGCCCUUUAGAAAACACAUUUUUUUAGAUAGUUAAGCUCUAUCUAUUUGGACUUAAAUACGAUGAGCUAGCCAUUGUAGUGCAUGCCAGUAAUCCCAGCACUCUGGAGGCUGAGGCAGGAAGAUCACCACAAGUUCAGGACCAACCUAACCUACCUAGCAAAAGCAAGACCAGCCUCCAAUACAUAGUGAAAGCCUGUCUCAAAAACACCAAAAAGAGAAAAGAAAGAAAAAGAGGGAGUCAGAGAGACAGACAGACAGAAAGAAAGAGAGAAAAAAAUAGUGUUGGCAGUAUCUGUUCUACCCUUUGGUUUCAGCAAAGGCAUAAUUUUCCUCUUUUAAUUUUUUUUUCUUAGUUUGGUGUUUAAUCUUGGUUGUUGGUGUGGACUGGAUGAGGCGAUGUCUAGGAAAUUGGUAAAGCACACUUGUGUCUGUGAGGUCACCUUUGACCGACGUGUUGGGCAGCCAGCUGAGUGAGGAAGGUCUACAGGAGCUGUAGACUGGGGCUCAAAUGAAGCAGAAAGAGCAGAAACAGGAAACUCAAGUUUGUCCAUGCUUUUGAGCAAAUAAGGGUUUUGCUGCUAUUGUUGCAGAUUCUAGACUUUUCAGACUUUGAACACAGACUUGAACCAGUACCUGCCCAGGUGUCUUCCAGGUUGUCAGUCUUAGACUAGGGCUGCAAUCAUUGGUCCCUCUUGUUCUGUGACUUUCAGCUUCUUGGACUGAGUGACCAUUGGUUGCUCUAGCUCUACAGUAUACAGAUAGCCAUUGAGGCUCUUAAGCCUCUGAUUGUAUAACGGCCUAAUAAAUACUCUUGUAAUUAUGUUCAUUCUGUUCCUCUGGAGAAUCCUGAUUAGUACACUUACGCUUUCUCUCUACUUGAAAUAACCUUCAGCCUUGCAUUUAGUAAUCCCCAUAAUUCCAAACCUCUCUUAGUUUCAAGAUCUACCACCUUGUCAUCUCCUCCACAAAGAUUGCCUUGAUUCUUCUCUUGCGUGAAAGUAAGCUGCCUUUCCUCUUAUUUUUCUCCUUCAUGCACUAGUACUUUAUGUUUCCUUCUUGUUCUCAAGUAUGGCUUUUGGAUUUCUGUUAUAUUUAUGUAAAUUUCUUUCUCUUCUAAUAAACCCUAAAUUUUGAAAUAGUAAGCUGUAUUUCUGAUUCUUCUUUGAUAACUCAAAAUAACAUUUUUUAUAUAACUGUGGUUAGUAAUUUUUGAACAAAUUUAGAUGUUUGGUAUUUUUUAGGGUACAAUGUAUCCAACUAUCAUGGUCUAAGAAUUUUUAAGUGGUUUAAAUUAUUUUUUCCAACAUUCAUAGCUGCCCUGAAAAUGAUACUGAAUAGAGCUAUACUUGAUUUAACCAGGAUGAUAUGAUGAUACAUAUUUUUUUGAUUUUCAGCCACAUUUCCUGACUUACAACUUCCUCUUCAAGGCAGGCAAUAAAACUAGAGUUUCUUUUCCCCAAGGUGAGCCAAAGGACUCCUAAUAUGCCUACCACCCAUGCCCUUUGUCUUAGAGCUGGCCAUAAAGACAUUCUAUGACCUAUGUUGUGUAGUAUAGGUCAUGAGACCCUCCUAAGUCCAGAGAGGUCAUAUCUCCAGCUUUGGGAUUGGGAGCUGAGUAGCUAUGGGUAAAACCCAUGAGACUGUUGGUUGACUACAAGGUAGAAAUGGCAUAGUGGCAUGCCUCUUUCUGUCAGACUCUACCUUCUAAUAACAUAUUUAGUUCUUAUCUGUUCUAUGAAUGGAUUCAUAGAUGAGUGCAGCACCCCAUAAUCCACCUUCUAAAAUCUCCCCCUCAGUACUGGAGGCAUUAGUGGGACAUUCCAGAUCCACAGCAGUGGCAUAAUGAGAAGGGGCACUGCCCUGUGCAUCUUUUCAGCUUCGUACAAUGUAAGCAUAAGUUCUGUGAGCCACUCCAAAAACUUAACUGAAUCUAAGAAAUGGUUACCCUAAUUUAUAACCAGCUGAGUAGCCAUCUGUAAAAUAAACUGGGCUUGCAGUUGAUAUCCUGAGUGAGAGGAGCAUAAAUCUUGGGACUGAAGCCUUAAGCUGUGAGAGAUUACACUGUCUCCAGGUAAUCAAUAUCAAAAUUAAAUUAGGAACCACUCAGCAAAAUUGGUUGCUUGCUUGUUGGAGGGAAAGAAAUCCCCACACAUCUGGUGUCAGAAGUCUUCUGUGUUGAUGAGGGUGUGAGAACAGAAUUGUAGAAGACCAAGUGGACAGCUCGCCUUGAGUGUAGGACUAUCACCUCUACAUUAGUUAAACCAGGGCCUGUCCCCAUGUACUGCAAUGUACAGAGCUGGCUAAGCUAUUUCCUUCUCCCUUCGAUUGGCUCUAAGCAGUACAGAUAAGGCUAGCUGAGAUACUGAUAAGUAAUCCUUCAGGCCCACAAACAGUUUCCUCGCAUCAUGUUCCCCAUAAACAGUUGAGCACAGUGCAAUAACAGAGCCAUAGCUCCAGGAAUGUCAGUUGGGUACCAGCCUCAAUUUAAGAGCCUAUAACUUCCUAGGGCACAAAAGUUUACAUAUCAGAAACUAAAACAACAGCCCCCUAUAACAUUCAAAUGCUACCCUAGUUGAGUUAUACGCACUGAUCUUUCUGCAUAUCCUUCUCUCUGCAUAUUGCAGAGGUGUUUGCACUCCACCUGGCCAGCUCAGCUCACAUUGCUCAUAUAAUUCUUGCCAUUCUCACUAUUACUCAUCCUUAAACCACUCCCUUCUUCACAAUAACUUCUGGGGGAGGCCUUGGAUCAGGACCUUUGUUCCAUGACUCCUCACCUGGACCAGACUCAGGACCCUCUGACUAAUCAUAACUGUAAAUAUAUUGUAGUGUCUUUAUUCUCACUGUGGGUUUCACUGGAAUUGAUAGAUUAAAAUUAAUUUGCCAGAAUUCCAAUAGUGUAUCAGUGGGAUUACAAAUAUAACUUUCCAGAUUGAGAAGUAGACCCCUCCCUAAAAAAACGAUUACAAUAUUUUAAGGGAUUAUAAGAUACAAUAUUUGGAUUACAACAUUUGACACCCAAUGUGGUGCCUGAACCCAUGACCCUGAGAUAACAGAUGCUUUGUGUUUUCCUAGACAAAGAAGUGUCCUUGGUUUUGAGUGGCAUUGUUAGUCUUUAGCAGAUUCACUCAGUCUUUACGUCUAACCAUGGCACCUACUGGCUGAUUCUUCACCGUACUCAAUCCAAGUUCUCUCCUCCCUAAAUCAGACUUCAAGGAUCACUCUGUCCCAGCCUUCUUUAGCACCUACUAUAUAUGCUCGCCACACUGUGGGUGGGGCAUAUGUUUCAUCUUGUUGAAUUUGUUCUUCCCUCAUGUGUGUUAAAACUCCUGAAGGAUUAGAACCCUAGUGUACAUUUGUUUAAGCACCCCCCUUAACAACAGCAAUACCAGCAGAAGUUCAGAAAGAGUUUUUCUAAUUCCUACAUGAAGAUACUGCACAAGACAGACCCCACAACUGUUUUUAUGAGUAGUCUUAGCUCACAACUUAAAAUAUGUAAACUAGUAAAUAAAGUUAUGUUUGAGCAGUGUAAGUGUCGGUAUUCUUGAUCUUCAUAAUUUGUCAUCUUUUCAUGAUUGUGCUGGUACAGGAAACCCACUCAAGAAGGGCAACAUGGAGAGUAAUAUCAGAAAAAUAUCCCUACCUAGCCAUUGUCAUCUAGCAAAAUAAAACUAAAGAGCUACUAUGUGGCUUAAUUUUCUGUCUCCAAAGUUUUUGUGAAAUGGGUCGGGCAUGUGACUCAAUGGGAGAGUGUGUGUUUGUCAAGCAGAAGGCUCUGAGUUUGAUCCUUGGUGACACAAAAAUAAAGUCUAUGAAAUGUU